CAAAAAAACCCCAGCGAAAUCGAGGAGAAGGACAGCGCCCAGAAUAACUCUGAAGAAGUGUGUGGAGGAGCAUCGUGUUGGACAUGGGAUUGCGGCCAAACUCCCCGGCCUGUCGGACUUCCAAAGAGAGGACAUGUCCUUUGGUUUGUUAAAGCCCCAGUGCUACAGUCGGCCCUGCCAGCAUGCUCCAGUAGUCAUAGGACCCUUCAGUCAGCAGCGCUGUUUGAUCCAAGAGAAACGUGCCUUGUAAGGAAGCAGGAUGUUCACAGGCUCCACCAAGCUGCCCCCCGCCAAAACCCCCCAGCCCGAGCGGCUGGACGAGGUGUACGCCGCCUUACGCAGAGGCUUACAGUCAUACUUGCAGGUCCACCAGCUGGAGCUGGACACUCUAGGCCAGCAGAUCCGAGAAAACAAGAGAAACGGUCGACUGGGCUCUUUGUAUGAACAGGAUAAGCAAGUGAAAGCAGUAGAGAGAUUCAUGCGGCGUUUGGAAUUCCAUCUCAGCAAGGUGGAGGAGCUAUACGAUGCUUACUGCAUACAGCGGCGGCUCCGAGAUGGAGCAAGUAAAAUGGUGGCAGCUUUUAACUCUGCCACUGGGAGCAAAGAGGCCAGGGAGAGCUUGAGUGAGGCCAGCAGGGGCUUUAGGGAAUGCACGGAGCACAUGUGCUCGCUUGAGAGCGAACUGGAAAGCCACAUGGGAGAAUUUCAUGUCAAGAUGAAGGGUCUUGCUGGUUUUGCACGGCUGUGUGCGGGUGACCAAUAUGAGGUGCUCAUGCGCUACGGGCGUCAACGCUGGAGGCUUCGAGGACGCGUGGAAGUCAGCAGCAAACAGAUGUGGGACAGCGAAGACUACAUUUUCCUGCCUCUCGUCGCUGAACUUUUGUCAAUCAAGGUGACAGAGCUGAAGAGUCUGGCCAAUCACGUGGUGGUGGGUAGCGUGUCCUGCGAAAUGCUCGACCUGUUCUGCCCACUCCCCCAGACGCUUGCUGUGGAUAUUAACGACCUGGGAACAGUUAAGCUGAACUUGGAAGUCACAUGGAGUCCUUUUGAUAAGGAUGACCAGACAUCGUCCUGCAGUACCGUUUCCAAACGUCUGUUGUCCAAUCAGAGCCCUCCAGACACGCCCUCCAUGCGGGAACAAGUGUUUUAUUCCCUGCUGAAGCGACAAGGAGAGCUCGACAACGGUACCGUCUGGUCCAACUCCUCCGAGUCCUCCGACGACUCGUCUAGUCCAGCCCUGGCCCACCACGCUCAGAGGCUGUCGGCCUCCAACGUACUGCAUACCAGCGUCCCUGCACCGCACAAGUCCAGCGCUUCAACGCCGUCGUUGUCGUCCAAUCAGGAAGAGGACGAGAGCGAAGCGGGCGAGGUUUUCUCCCCGAGAGAUUCGGUGCACAACGGCCACCCGCGGACGUCCUCCUCUCAUAGCCGAGUCGGCGAGACCGGCCCGGAAUGUACUGUGAUGGACAGGCUGUCUGCCCAAUCGUCCGAGCUUCUGGAAACCUCGGCGGAGCUGAGCUGCUCGUGCUCUGACGUUUCCUCCACGGCUGCCGAGUCGUUAGAGAGGACGGAUGAAUGUCCGGGCAAAGAUCCACCUGAGAACUCGACAAUCCUGACCGGAGCAGGGACCGCUGAAGGUGAAGGACCAAGCCAGACAGAUCAGGAUUUAAAACAUUCUGAUGGAGCUCCAAAUGUCCCGUUUCCCACUUCUUCUAGUUUCACUCAAGAAGUGGAGACUGCGCUUGAGAGUUUUGACUUCCUCAACUGCUCUGACCUGGAGGAGGAGGAGGAGGAGGAGGAAGAGGAAGAGGAAGAGGGGGAGGAGGAACAGGCUGAGCAUCAAGAAGAGGUUGUCCAGAAAGAGAUGGACGAGCUGCAUGAAGACAAUGAGCAGCCAACGGAAGAGGAGCAUCAAGAGGAAGAUGAGCAACAAAAGGAGGAAGAGCCUCAAGAGGAACAGAAAGAAGCAAAGCAAGAAGGCGAGGAACAGCCUGGCGAAGAUCAAAACAAGAGUGAACAAGACAACAUAGAUGAGGAGAAGGCAGAGGAGGAGGAAGAGGAGGAGAGCAAAGAAAUCUUGGACUCCGGAGCAAGUGAUGAAGAGGCGGGAGACGUGUUGGAGUUCCUCAUGGAGGCUCCGGAAGGAUUUCGAAACUCUGACGAAGACCGCAUCUCCGAAUCGCAGGAGUCGAGUGCAGAAGAGGAGCAGGAUUUGAGUCAGGUGCGGCUCCCCGGGGAAGAGGAGGGGCACUGUGAGGAAAAGGGAGAAGAGCCACAUGAGCAGGACACGUCACACGAUGUUCAAGAGGAGGCGGAGCGUCCCCCGACUCCCAGCCACUUGGCCACCACUGUGUUCUAAUUGGCCGGCCCGCAGCGCGACCAUUUCCAGUCUUGUCUAAACGUGCUCAUUGCCAAGUCGACAAGCAAGCUCUUCCAUUACUGCAGAGUUUGUGCACACGUUCGCCUUGUUCUGACCAAGAACCACAAACACAUUUCUUCAUUUUCCAAAGUCCUCAGUCUUUCAAAGGCAUUGUGUGGCCUGCGUUCAUACCACUUUGUUUCAAAAUAUUCCACGAAGAGCAGGUUCACUGUAUUUAAGUGAUGAAACAACACGAAGAGGAUGCAUUUUGCUUACCAUCAAUGACUGGGGCCAGUUCUGCGUUUGCAGUACUGGUGGGACUGGGCACUUUUUGCAGUGUUUUCCAGCAAGUGAAGCUCUUUUUGGUCAUUUAUUUCCACAGCGCGCUAAUGUAUACUAGUCGUUUGACGUUGUCUUUUAAGCUACAACAGGACUUGAACUGCCUUAUGACUUAAGCGAUUUAGGGAUACAUAUGUACAUUCGGCAGGAUUGUUUUAAAAUGAUGCAAUAUGCGGUGUAAAAUUAUAUUUAAACCUGCAUGAGUGUACCUGCCUCACACUGCCAGCAUGUCUGUUGUACGAGGCUUAACUGAUUCAUUUCGGCGUGUACAAAUUCCAGCCUCAGUGGAGCGCUACCAUGUCUCUGCAUUUCUUUUUCUUUGUCGUCAUAUAAAAAGCCUCUUCAUUCAGAAAGUGCCUCAAGUGACAGAUGUUAAGGUUGUA